AUGUCCCAUUUCAAUAAUUGGAAGAGCACCCAAACAAGCCAAAGCUUGAUGUCAAAUGACAGCAUCAGGGUUCCCCAUGAGAGGAAAAAGGAGAACAAAAAGCAUGAAGACCUUCCAGAAGGCCACCACUCACCGUAUGGUCAGAUGCUGCAGGACACGGAGGAUGUCUGGAAUGCUGGGAGCAAAACUAAGGAAGCAGGAGAAGAUGGAGCUGCAGAGGAAGGAUCUUUUGUCAGCAAAAUAGAGCUACGAAAAGAUGUGAAAGGUGGAGCAGCCCAGCCCUGUGAUAGCAAGGCUGCGGGGCGAGACUGCGAAUUGUCUCCUCGAACAGCAAAGAGCUUCCGGAUACACAAUGUGAGUCCUCUUUCUUCUCCUAACCUGUUGCAGACCGAGAAGAUGAUCCCCCACAGAAGGGCACGUAUGGCCUCCCUGCCCCAGCAGGGCCCUUUCCGACACCUUAUGGACAUGAAGGCAGAGAGGAGACUGGCAGGCUGGAGGGAGCGCCGUAACCGCUUUGGUGACAUUAGCACACACAAGUGCUAUCAGUUUGGGCAGAUCUUCUCUCCUUUCCAGGCUCUGGCCACCACGGAGAUGAGAAGGCUGGUAUUGCCCCGAGACCUGCCCGUGAGUUCUCGAAUGCAGAAAAUAAGUACUUCAUCCCUCAGUGACAUAAACCUCCAGGAUAUACCCCUGUCUCCCACAGAGCUGGACUUGGGAAAGGAUGACAACCACCAUGAAAAAGAGAAAUCAGUGAGCCACAUUAAAACGCCUUUAUUCCCCCCAAUAGUUAAAGCAACAAAAUAUAACGACACGAAAUAA